GCUGUUUGCUGUCAAAUGUGGGGGCUGCUUUGAGGCCAUCGCACCCAACGAGUUUGUAAUGCGAGCCCAGAAGAGCGUAUACCAUCUGAGCUGCUUCUGCUGCUGUGUCUGUGAGCGACAGCUUCAGAAAGGUGAUGAGUUUGUCUUGAAGGAAGGGCAGCUGCUCUGCAAAGGGGACUAUGAGAAGGAGAGGGAGCUGCUCAGCCUGGUGAGCCCAGCAGCCUCAGACUCAGGCAAAAGUGAUGAUGAAGAAAGCCUUUGCAAGUCAGCCCAUGGGACAGGGAAAGGAGCUGCUGAGGAUGGCAAGGACCACAAGCGCCCCAAACGCCCCCGAACCAUCUUGACAACCCAACAGAGGAGAGCAUUCAAGGCCUCAUUUGAAGUGUCCUCCAAGCCCUGCAGGAAGGUGAGGGAGACUUUGGCUGCAGAAACAGGGCUGAGCGUCCGUGUUGUCCAGGUGUGGUUCCAGAACCAGAGAGCCAAGAUGAAGAAGCUGGCCAGGCGGCAGCAGCAGCAGCAGCAAGACCAGCAGAACAGCCAGAGGCUGAGUUCUGCUCAGACAAAUGGUGGUGGGAAUGCUGGCAUGGAAGGGAUCAUGAACCCCUACACGGCAUUGCCCACCCCGCAGCAACUCCUGGCCAUCGAGCAGAGUGUCUACAGCUCUGAUCCUUUCCGACAGGGGCUCACCCCACCCCAGAUGCCUGGAGACCACAUGCACCCCUAUGGUGCUGAACCCCUUUUCCAUGACCUGGAUAGUGAUGACACCUCUCUCAGUAACCUGGGUGACUGUUUUCUAGCAACCUCAGAAGCCGGGCCCCUGCAGUCCAGAGUGGGAAACCCCAUUGACCACCUGUACUCCAUGCAGAAUUCUUACUUCACUUCUUGA